ACACGUCAUCAGAGAGAGACACACGACUCAGAACCUCCGUAUGAACCAGAGGUUUCCUCCCAGUGAAAUCGGAGCCGAUUAACAAGGCCACGACACUCACAAAACGAUCCGCCAUUUUUGAUUUUUGCCAAAUAAGAGAGUAUAGAGAGAGAGUAGUGUACAAAGAAGAAAGACGAAGAUCACGAAGAAGAGUUAUGCGUAACGCAAACGGAUUGUUGGCGAGAAUCGUUAGAGAUAAGCAGCUAUGGAGAUUCGGUUGUCGUCGAAGGAGCUUCUGUUCGCUCAAGGUCACCUCGGAUGAUCUCGAUAACCAGGUUCUCUUUGAAGGAAGCGGUUGUUCCCGCACUGCGAUUCUCAAUCGGCCACCUGCUCUUAAUGCUCUCACCACUCACAUGGGAGUAAGGUUGCAUAAGCUUUAUAAGAAUUGGGAAGAGGAUCCUAAUAUCGGGUUCGUGAUGAUGAAGGGGAGUGGAAGGGCGUUUUGUGCUGGUGGCGAUAUUGUGUCUAUCUACCACUUAAGAAAGAGAGGUAGCCCGGAUGCUAUUAGGGAGUUUUUCUGGACUCUGUAUAAUUUUAUAUACUUUCUAGGCACAUAUCUAAAGCCACAUGUGGCAAUUCUUAACGGUGUUACCAUGGGAGGCGGAGCUGGAGUUUCGAUCCCUGGAACAUUUCGUGUAGCUACUGAUAGAACUAUUUUUGCUACACCUGAAACAGUCAUUGGUUUUCAUCCUGAUGCUGGCGCUUCUUUUAAUCUCUCCCACUUACCUGGUCGCUUAGGGGAGUAUCUGGGUCUUACUGGGUUAAAGAUCAGUGGCGCAGAAAUGUUGGCAUGUGGCCUCGCGACACAUUAUAUUAGUAGUACGGAGGUUCCUGUAUUGGAAGAACAGCUCAAGAAGCUCCUCACUGAUGAUCCUUCUGUUGUUGAAGCUACCUUAGAAAAAUGUGCAGAAGCUGCCCAUCCAGAAAAGACUGGUGUUAUUCGCAGGAUCGAGUUACUUGAAAAAUGCUUCUGUCAUGACACAGUGGAAGAAAUUAUUGAUUCUUUGGAAGUCGAGGCUGGUAGAACAAAAGACAUAUGGUGCGCUACGACUCUACGUAGGCUUAAAGAAACCUCGCCAUUGUCCUUGAAGGUCGCAUUGAGAUCUGUUCGAGAAGGAAGGUUUCAAACACUUGAUCAAUGCUUGAUUCGAGAGUAUAGAAUGUCGCUACAAGGAACAGUCGGGAACUUUUCUGGCAAUUUUUGUGAGGGAGUACGAGCUCGAUUGAUAGACAAGGACGACGCACCAAAGUGGGAUCCACCAACCUUGGAGAAAGUUACAGAGGACAUGGUUGAUAAUUAUUUCUCUCCCUUGACUCCCUCUGAACCUGAUCUUGACCUUCCCAUCAAACUCAGAGAAAGCAUUUAGAUUACUUCAGGUGUGGAUCACCAAGCUUUAUUACAUUCUUUUAAUAUACAAUUUGAAUAGUUUAGUGUGUGUGACUAAUAUUCGUUACUAAUAACAGUCUGUAUGUCUGUUUUCACAGUUUGCUGCCAACUUUUUCUCAUCUUUCAAGACUAUGAAAGAGGGCUCAUCUUCUUUGACAUUUAAAAAAAUAAAAUCAAUUGUUGUAUUAAGAUUUCUUACGUUCUGGCUAACUGAGAUAAGAUAUUUAACACGAUUAAGCAUAUAUUAAGCAUUCUUUCAUUUUUAAAAUGAAUAGAUAGUGAUUUUUUUUUGAGUAA